AUAAAAUAUCGAAUAUGCGUGUCUUGUUUUCUGUCUCUCUCUGCGAAGAAGAGAGUGAAGGAGAAAAUCUGAGAUCUGAGUGCAUGAUUUUGAGAGUCGAGUUUAAUGAGAGUGAGUGCUGCGUCUUCUAAAAUCUGAAUCAAUCAUUCACCACUUUCUCUCUCUGAUUCUGACACCAAAAUGGUGAAUUCUCGAGCUUCACGUUUAAGGAUCCCAACUUUCACACUCUUAGCUUCUGCUAUCUCCAUCAUCCUCUGCACUUUCUUCGUUUUCUCUUUUCUCUUCACUACCCACUCUUAUUCCUCCCACCAACACCACUACACGGAUUCUGAUGGUGGUGUUGCACACGGGUUUGAGUCAAUCAGGAGAUCCAUUCUUGCUCUAAAAACGGAUCCUCUUAAGCCUCGCUUGGACCAGAUUCGAAAGCAAGCUGAUGAUCAUCGCUCUUUGGCUCUUGUGUAUGCUUCCUAUGCUCGCAAGCUCAAGCUUGAGAGCUCAAAGCUUGUUAGGAUUUUUGCAGAGCUAUCACGCAACUUCUCAGAUCUAAUGAGCAAGCCUCAAUAUAGGACUCUCUUCAGCAGUGAUGCAUCCCCUGUUGAUGAAUCUGUGCUUCGCCAAUUGGAGAAGGAAGUGAAGGAGCGCAUUAAGACCACGCGGCAAGUGAUCGGCGAAGCCAAGGAAUCCUUUGAUAACCAGCUCAAGAUUCAGAAGUUGAAGGAUACAAUUUUUGCAGUGAAUGAGCAGUUAACCAAGGCCAAGAAGCAGGGUGCUUUCUCAAGCCUCAUUGCUGCCAAGUCAAUUCCAAAGAGCUUGCAUUGCCUCUCCAUGAGAUUGAUGGAAGAGAGGAUUGCCAACCCUGAUAAGUAUUCAAGUGAGGGGAAGCCUACCCCUCCAGCAGUUGAAGAUCCUAGCCUGUACCACUACGCCUUGUUCUCUGAUAACGUUGUUGCAGCAUCGGUUGUGGUCAAUUCGGCGACGAAGAAUGCAAAGGAGCCAUGGAAGCAUGUGUUUCAUGUUGUGACUGAUAAGAUGAAUCUUGGAGCAAUGCAAGUGAUGUUUAAGUUGAAGGAUUAUAAUGGUGCACACAUUGAGGUUAAGGCAGUGGAGGAUUACAAGUUCCUGAAUUCUUCUUAUGUACCGGUCCUAAGGCAAUUGGAGUCCGCUAACUUGCAGAGGUUUUACUUUGAGAACAAGCUUGAGAAUGCUACAAAGGACACAACUAAUAUGAAGUUUAGGAAUCCUAAAUAUUUGUCAAUAUUGAACCAUUUGAGAUUCUACCUGCCAGAAAUGUAUCCAAAGCUGCACAAAAUUUUGUUUUUGGAUGAUGACAUAGUGGUUCAGAAGGACCUUACUGGGUUAUGGAAGAUUGAUAUGGAUGGCAAGGUGAAUGGAGCUGUAGAAACCUGUUUUGGGUCAUUCCAUAGAUAUGCACAGUACAUGAAUUUCUCGCACCCCUUGAUUAAAGCAAAAUUUAAUCCAAAAGCUUGUGCAUGGGCUUAUGGAAUGAAUUUCUUUGAUUUGGAUGCUUGGAGAAGGGAAAAAUGCACAGAAGAAUAUCAUUACUGGCAGAAUCUGAAUGAGAACCGGACAUUAUGGAAAUUGGGGACAUUGCCACCGGGUCUAAUCACAUAUUACUCAACAACAAAGCCACUGGAUAAGUCAUGGCAUGUUCUGGGACUUGGCUAUAACCCAAGCAUCAGCAUGGAUGAGAUUAACAAUGCAGCAGUGGUGCACUUCAAUGGCAACAUGAAACCAUGGCUUGACAUUGCAAUGACUCAAUUCAAGCCACUAUGGACAAAGUAUGUUGACUAUGAAUUAGAUUUCUUUCAGGCCUGCAAUUUUGGUAUCUAAAUGAUCAAAGUUUCUUCCCACUUGGUGAUGCUGUGUCUGGUGCCACUGCAGUUUAUUUGUUGUCUAGUUUUGAUACAGAAUGUUCUUAUACGUUUAACAGGGUUCCUAGCUGGUGCACUAAAAAAUCUUGCCUCUUUUAAUUGUAACAUACCUUAGUAUAGUAAUUCUCAAAUGUCUUCCUCUUAUUUAUUCACAAUGUUUACGCAAUAAUGUUAUUUUAAAGAUGUGGUUGAUCCUGAACGAUGCUACAGAAUUAGAUGAUGUACCUUACACUUUGGCUUUAGUUGUUUAUUUCUGUUUCAUUGAGAACUUUCACACAUACAGUGUUUGGUUGAGAUACAAAUCACUGCAAAGGAGGAAAGAAAAAUUCAA